AGAAAAAUGGCAUCGUCGCGUGGUCUCGCUAACCUCUCCCUUCGCGCGCAACUCCUUAAACCCUAGCCGCCGCCGCCGCCGCCGUCGUCGCCGUCGCCGUCGCCGCCGCCGCGCGCCAUGGCGACCCUCAAGCGUAAGGCCGAUUCCGCGGCCGCCGAGCUCGCGUCCCCUCCUCCCAAGGCCCCGCGGGGCUCGGAAGCACUCGCUGAAUCGCCUUCCCUCGCCGGCGGGGGCAGCGAGCCCGUCGCCUGCGUGCACGACGUCUCCUACCCGGAAGGCUAUGACCCGUCCGCCCCCGCCACCCACCUGCUCAACGGCGUCGGCGGCGCCGAGGGUGCUGGGCCUGCCAAGACCUUCCCGUUCCAGCUCGACCCCUUCCAGGCCGAGGCCAUCCGAUGCCUCGACAACGGAGAAUCCGUCAUGGUCUCAGCUCACACAUCAGCUGGAAAGACAGUGGUUGCAUUGUAUGCAAUAGCAAUGUCUUUGCGUAAUCAGCAACGUGUCAUCUAUACAUCUCCAAUCAAGGCUUUGAGUAACCAAAAGUACAGGGAAUUCAAAGAAGAGUUCUCUGAUGUCGGCCUCAUGACUGGGGAUGUUACUAUUGAGCCAAAUGCAUCUUGUUUGGUCAUGACCACGGAAAUUUGGCGUAGCAUGCAGUAUAAAGGAUCAGAAGUCAUGAGGGAAGUCGCUUGGAUUAUAUUUGAUGAAGUACACUACAUGCGUGAUAGAGAGAGAGGAGUGGUGUGGGAGGAAAGUAUAGUGAUGGCUCCUAAGAACUCACGUUUUGUGUUCCUCUCAGCUACCGUGCCUAAUGCCAAGGAGUUUGCUGACUGGGUGGCUAAGGUACAUAAGCAACCUUGUCAUAUAGUAUACACUGACUACCGGCCUACACCUCUCCAACACUAUGUAUUUCCUUCUGGAGGUGAUGGUUUAUAUCUGGUAGUUGAUGAGAAGAGCAAGUUCAGAGAGGAUAGUUUUCAGAAAGGUUUGAAUGCGCUUGUCCCUGCUAGUGAGAAUGACAAAAAGAGGGAAAAUGGGAAGUGGCAGAAAGGUCUCUUGACAGGAAAACCUAGUGAGGACAGCGACAUAUUCAAGAUGGUGAAGAUGAUAAUUCAGCGUCAAUAUGACCCAGUGAUACUUUUCAGCUUUAGCAAAAGGGAGUGUGAAUUUCUUGCUAUGCAGAUGGCUAAGAUGGACUUGAAUGAUGAUGAUGAGAAGGCAAACAUUGAAACAAUUUUUUGGAGUGCUAUGGAUUUGCUUUCAGAUGAUGAUAAGAAGCUUCCCCAGGUUUCAAACAUGCUUCCCUUGUUGAAACGUGGCAUUGGUGUACAUCAUUCUGGUCUUUUGCCCAUUUUGAAGGAAGUGAUUGAGAUACUCUUCCAAGAGGGCCUUAUCAAGUGCUUGUUUGCCACAGAAACAUUCAGUAUUGGUUUGAACAUGCCUGCAAAGACUGUUGUGUUUACCAAUGUGCGAAAAUUUGACGGUGAUCGAUUCAGAUGGUUGUCAAGUGGAGAAUACAUCCAGAUGAGUGGCCGUGCUGGUCGCCGAGGUAUUGAUCAGCGUGGUAUCUGUAUAUUGAUGGUAGAUGAGAAAAUGGAACCUUCAACUGCCAAAAUGAUUCUGAAAGGAAGUGCUGAUAGUUUGAACAGUGCCUUUCAUUUGAGCUACAAUAUGUUGUUAAAUCAAAUACGCUGUGAAGAUGGUGAUCCUGAAAAGCUUCUUCGGCACUCAUUUUACCAAUUUCAAGCUGAUCGAGUUCUCCCUGAUCUUGAGAAGCAAGUCAAGGAGCUGGAACUAGAGAGAAAUUCCAUGAUUAUUGAGGAGGAGGAGAACCUAAAGAGUUAUUAUGAUCUCUUGCAGCAGUACAAAAAUCUAAAGAAGGAUGUCCGCGAUAUUGUUCAUUCUCCUAAAUAUGUUCUACCUUUCUUGCAACCAGGAAGGCUUGCUCGCGUUCAGUACAGUACUGAUGAGCAAUCCACCUUCUCUAUUGAUGAAAACAUCACUUGGGGAGUUACAAUAAACUUUGAAAAGGUGAAAACCCAUAGUGAAGAUAGGAGGCCUGAGGAUUCCGAUUACACAGUUGAUGUUCUCACAAGAUGUUCUGUAAGCAAGGACAAAAGUGGAAAGAAGACAAUGAAGAUUAUUCCUCUGAAAGACCGUGGAGAACCAGUUGUGAUUUCCUUGCCACUUUCUCAGAUUGAUGGACUAAGCAGCAUUCGGAUGCACAUACCAAAGGAUCUUUUGCCUGUAGAAGCUCGAGAAAACACAUUGAGGAAAGUUGAUGAAGUUAUUUCCAGGUUUGCUAAAGAUGGGAUCCCUUUAUUGGAUCCAGAAGAGGAUAUGAAAGUACAAUCAAGCUCUUUCCGGAAAGCUUCCAGAAGAAUAGAAGCUCUUGAAAGUUUAUUUGAGAAGCACGAUGUCCACAAUUCUCCACAUAUUAAACAAAAGCUAAAAGUGUUGCAUGCUAAGCAAGAAUUAUCAACCAAAAUAAAGGCCAUUAAAAGAACAAUGCGGUCUUCCACUGCUUUAGCCUUCAAGGAUGAGCUCAAGGCCCGAAAACGGGUUCUUCGUAGACUGGGAUAUAUUACAAGUGAGGAUGUUGUGGAAGUGAAGGGCAAAGUAGCAUGCGAGAUAAGUUCUGCUGAUGAGCUAACAUUGACAGAGCUUAUGUUUAGCGGCACUCUGAAGGAUGCUACAGUAGAACAGAUGGUAGCGCUGCUUUCUUGCUUUGUUUGGCAGGAAAAGCUUCAGGAUGCCCCAAAGCCAAGGGAGGAGCUCGACUUGCUGUUCUUCCAGUUGCAGGAGACAGCUAGAAGGGUUGCUAACCUUCAGCUUGACUGCAAGAUCCAAAUUGACGUGGAGAGUUUUGUGAACUCUUUCCGGCCUGAUAUAAUGGAAGCGGUGUAUUCAUGGGCCAAAGGAUCCAAAUUCUAUCAAAUCAUGGAGAUGACCCAAGUAUUUGAGGGCAGCUUGAUCAGGGCCAUCAGAAGGCUUGAGGAGGUCCUGCAACAGCUAAUUCUGGCAUCGAAAUCCAUCGGUGAAACCCAAUUGGAAGCAAAACUUGAGGAGGCUGUCAGUAAGAUCAAGAGGGAUAUAGUGUUUGCAGCAUCUUUAUACCUGUAAAAUAGCUUGAUGGUCUCCUGAGCAUGUGAAGGCUAUCAAAGUCACUCUUUCUGUUGAGCUGCCUGAUUACUGUUGAAGGGGAGCAGGUCCUUGGCAGAGAAAUUUUGUUGUUACUACCCCAGUAGGCGCUAACUAAAUUAAUUGGAAUUUUCUAAAGGAAUCCAGAUAUGUACCCAUUUUUUCAUGUGUACAAAUUACAGAUGUAUUGGAACCUUGUUUAUCAUUUGAAAAUCUAGGUUUGAGGUAAACGGUGUAAUUUGACGCUA